CUAAUUCUUAUGCAAACGUCAAAUUUUUAACACAAUACAUCACAUCGGUCGAUUAUAUUUACAUAUAAACACAAACACAAACCCUGAUCAUAACCAGAGAGGUCCGGAAGAUUGAAUCAAAGCAUUAUAAACGUCGAGGAUCCCCACGCAAGAAGCACUUGAAGAAAAUGAGCACUGCCAGCAGUACUGACAUCAUAUCUAGAAAAUGUAUCAAGCCAACUACAUCCACACCACCGCACCUUAAAUCCUUUAAACUCUCCCUUCUUGACCAGCUCUCCCCUAACAUCCAUGGUAAUAUGACCCUCUUUUACUCUUCCAACGCCGCCACUGGCGGUGGCGCUGGCGGCCCCCUCUCCGACUACUUGGCCAAAUCACAAAUUCUCCAAAACGCCCUCGCCCAAACACUCACCCGCUUCUACCCUCUCGCUGGCCGCAUCCAUGACUCGGCCACCAUCGACUGUAACGACGAUGGUGUCUUCUAUGUGGAAGCUCGAACGGACACUCAUCUUUCCGACUUCCUCAGCCACCCGGACUUUGAUACUCUCGAACACUUCCUACCUUCUACCGACAAGGAAACCAUGGAAUUGUCGAACGGUUCUAUGCUCCUCGUACGGUUCACGUUGUUCCGUUGCGGUGGGACUGCCGUGAGCAUAUCCCUCACCCACAAGAUCGCCGAUAUAGCAGCCUUGAUCACAUUCCUUCAGAGCUGGACCGCCGCGUGUCGUGCACGUCCUGAACCAGGCGUUCCUGACUUGGGCCCCGGUGCUUCUCUCUUUCCUCCGCGAGACAUUCCGGGGAUGUCGGCAUCGGUAAAUAUCGCGGCCGAGAAGUUCACCGCAAGACGAUUCGUAUUCACCGGUUCCAAGGUGGGAGAGCUCAAGAGCAGAGUGGUAACCGCACUCAUCGGAGGAGACAAGUCCGACGUGGACAUUCGGUUCCACCCGUCGCGUGUGGAAGUGGUGCUAGCACUAGUAUGGAGAUGCGCGAUGUUAGCUUCCCGCUCCAUAACGGGGUCGUUUAAGCCAUCGGCUCUGUUCCAAGCCGUGAAUCUGCGUCCCCGAAUGGAGCCGCCAGUGCCAGGGACGGCCAUCGGGAACUUCGUGUGGCCAUUUGCGGUGACGGUUGAGGAAGAGAAAGAGAUGGAAUUGCAUGAGGUGGUGAAGAAGAUGAGAGAGGGGAUGACGGAGUUCAUAGAGAAGAAGGCAAGCAAGUUCAAAGAAGGAGGUGGGUUUGAAGCAGUAAUGGAAUUUCUGGAGGAGAGGGGAGAGAUGUUGAAGAAGGAGAAGGAGACAGUGGUUUACAAGUGUUCGAGUUGGUGUAGGCUUCCAUUGUACGAGGUGGAUUACGGGUGGGGGAAUCCAGUGUGGAUGUCAAGUGUGAAUAAGAUGGUGAGUAAUACAAUUGCUUUGAUGGAUGUGAAAGAUGAUGGAGUUGAAGCCCUGGUGACAUUGAAUGAACAAGAAAUGGAUAUCUUUGAACAACAUCAUGAGUUGCUUCAAUAUGCCCUCCUCAAUCCUAGUAUUGUCAUUUGAUCUCUGAUUCUGUGUUUUUCGUAAUUUAUAUAAAUAAAUAAAUAUAUAUUAUGCAUUUAUCCUCUUUCCGAUCCAUUGAUAUAUACUACAUCUGGU